AUGGCUGCGGCGGCGGCAGCCCUCGCGUGGAUCGCGAUUGCGUCAAUACCACGGACCGCAGACGCGCGUUCAAACUGCAGCGCGUCGCUCUUCGCCGUGCACUGGACCCACGUGCCCAAGGCCGGCGGCACGGCCAUGGCGUCGCUGGCGCGGCGCGUCGCCUGCAAGAAGAACCCGGCCCUCGCGACGUGGGUGCCGCCCGGCGGGGCGGACCCGGUCCAUCUGAACCCGUGCUGCGUGCCGCGGCUCUGCGUCAGCGAUCUCACGUGCGACGCGUCGUCGAGCACGUGCCCGUUCGUCACGGGCAUCGGCCGCCACACGUCUUCCAUGGCGGAACUCGUGGACAUGCCCUGCUGCGCGCGCGAGUGGUUCGCGAAGACGCGGACGUCCUUCUUCCACAGCGCGCUGCGGCCGCCCAUGUCCGACGAGGAGAUGCGGCGGCGGAGCUACGCGCGGGUCAACGGCAAGUGGGCGCGGGUCGACCGGUACGGCAACGCGACGGCCGCGAGCGGCAUAUCCGGCGUCCUGAACCGCAUGCGGUCCUACGACGUCUGGCCGCUGGAGUCGCGCGUGGCCUUCUUCGCGCGCGUCGCCGUGCCGCUCGACAUGAUCGAGAAGCGGAUCCGCGACGUCGGCGUCCGCGGCGACGACAGGGAGGCCCAGCGGCGGCUGAUCAUGCUCGCGCGCCGCGAGAGCGUCGAGAAGGACAUGACGGAGAAGUCGCCGGAGCACACGGGGUUCGGAAACGAAGGUGGCUGGUCCGCGUUCGGUGAGCGUAACCAGCGAGCCGAACUGGGGUUCUGCCACCGCGCGUCGCACGCGAUCUGGGCCGGCGCCGUCGCGGAGCAGGUCCACGACUGGACGGACGCGCCCGACGGCAUGGACCUCGCCACGGCGGCGCGCGAGCGGCCCUGCUGCGGCCUCCGGCAGCCCGGCGACAGCAGCAUGACCCUGCUGCGGAACCCGUUCACGCGCGCGGCGAGCGCGUACUUCUACCGGGGCCACUCGCCGAACCACGACAUCUACGGCCUGCGGCCGGGGCUCUGGGCCACGUCGUCGGAGCGCCGGGGCACGAAGAAGUUCAAGCACUACUCCUUCCGCGAGUUCGCCGAGGCCGAGGAGUACCGCGACAUCGCCACGAAGAUGUUCGGCGACCCGACGGGCUGCGACAAGGCGCGCCAGUGCCGCGGCCGGUCGAACUGCGUCGUCCUCACGGCCUGCCACGGCUACCGCAACGCGUCGUCCUACCUCGGCCCGGCCCACGUCGACGCGGCCUUCCGCGCGCUCCGGCGCCACGCGUUCUUCGGCCUCCUCGAGGCCUACAACAGCUCCGUGCGCCUCGCGCUCCGCGAGUUCGACGUCGCGCCGGCGUCCAAGGACCGCGACUUCAUGGCCUCGCGGCCCAGCUCACGUCUGAAGCAGCAGUGCUCCGGGGCCAAGGCGCUCCGCGUAAACGCGACGGUCUGCCGCGGCUACUUCGACCUCAACCGCAACGACUUCGCGCUCUACGAGCGCGUCCACCGCGAGUUCUGCGGCCGCCUCGACGCCAACGACCUCAUGGGCCAUCCGAACGUCCGGGAGGAGCUGGGCAAGGCGCGCCUCUGCGGCGACGUCGACUUCUCGGACGUCGAGGACGUCUGCGGCCCCCUCGAGGCGCCGGACGUCGUCGCGAAGCUCGACGCGCUCCGGGACAAGUGCGGCCGCCGCAAGGUCGAGCGCGCCUGGACCUCCUGGGGGUUCUAACAAUUUCCCGUGGGGAAGAAAAG